GGUUCCCAGGGAAUCUGUCAGGAGCCAGCAUCUCUCUCUGCAACAGCAAAGUGGCAACUAGAACUUCUGCUCUUCCUGGGAACCACCAGCUGCUGAAGAAGUGCACGGGUGCCUUUUGGCCUCUAUAUCAACAGCAGGAAGCAUGGCUGAACUGAAGGAGGCGGGUGCUGAUCAGGAGAUACCCGUGUUAGGCACUGGGACCCUUGAACUAGCUCAUCUCCCACACUGUGGAAGCUGCAAAGACAUCCAGAGGAAAACCUGGUCCUCCUUCAGCAAUAGGAAAACGGGACAAGCAGAGCCGGGCAGGGGGCAAAGAAGAAGCAGCAGAAGAGUAGCCCCGCUGCCUAGUGAUGGACCACAGACCUCAGCCACAAAUAGGGGCCAAAGGCGCGCCACUCUCACCCACAGAGUAGCCACGGGGGCACAGUGCCCAAUGAAUGCCGCUCGAGAGCGAAGCCGGGUACGGACUCUCCAUCAGGCGUUCUUGGCACUGCAAGCGGCUCUGCCCACAGUCCCACCAGACACCAAGCUCUCCAAGCUAGAUGUGCUUCUCCUGGCAACCAGUUACAUUGCCCACCUGAGCUGGACCCUUGAGCAAGGCCCCCCCAUGCCCAGGAUGACCCCGACGGCCUUCUUGCACCCUCUGAAGAAAUGGCCCAUGCGGUCCUGCCUCUAUGCCAGCUCCUGGACUGAAGGCAUCCCCACACCCACUCUCUUCGAUGGCUGGUCCCAGCCUAGUCCUGAGGCUAGAGGAGCAUCUCUGUGA